AUGUCUUAUUCACCAACGGCAGUCCGUUAUUUCACUGCACCAAAACCUCUGAGAGAUCCUAUGGAGAUUGAUCCUAAAGCAUCCGUGCCCGAGGGUCAAGGGCACACGGUCGUGAGACCGAAUGCAUCACCCGAUCGGCCUUCAUCCGGGGCCGUUGAAGUCCACACGCCCAAAAAGCAAGGCCUGACCUUUACCAACCAAGACUCACUGCCUAAACUGCCAAUCCCUGACCUUGAGGAUACUUGUCGACGACACCUCGAUGCCCUCAUGGCUUUACAAGGGCCCCGAGAACACGAGGAGAGCAAAGCGGCAGUAAGGGAAUUUUUAAAGACAGAUGGCCCGUCUCUACAAGAAAAGCUUAAGAACUACGCUACUUCAAAGACCAGCUACAUCGAACAGUUUUGUGGGUACACUCUCAACUAUCAGGAGAAAAUAGCGACUAAUAUCUUCCAGGCGGUUGUUUUGAAUCUCAACCCAUUCUUCUUGUUGGAGGAUGACCCUACUCCAGCUCGCAACCAUCAAGUCACUCGGGCCGCAUCUUUGGUUGUCUCGGCCUUAUCUUUCGUUCGGGCCGUGCGGCGCGAAGAGCUUCCACCUGACACUGUCCGUGGGACGCCACUAUGCAUGUACCAGUACUCGCGACUGUUUGGCACAGCCCGUCUUCCCACGGACAACGGCUGCGUCAUCAGCCAGGAUCCCUCGGCCAAGCAUGUCGCCGUCAUGUGCCGAGGCCAAUUUUACUGGUUCGAUGUACUGGACGCCAAUAGCGAUUUGAUCAUGAGCGAGAAGGAUAUCGCCUUGAAUCUUGAAGUUAUCGUUAAUGAUGCGGCUCAAACCUCUAUGCAUGAAGCAGCCAAGGGUGCACUGGGUGUUCUCAGCACUGAGAAUCGUAAGGUCUGGUCCGGACUGCGCGAUAUUAUGACCAAGGACCCGGCCUCGAACAACGCUGAGUGUUUGAACAUUGUGGAUACCGCUCUCUUUGUGCUGUGCCUCGAUGAUACUGAGCCUUCCAACACCUCCGAACUGUGUGCCAACAUGCUCUGCGGCACAAGCGAGGUGAUCAAAGGCGUACAAGUUGGCACCUGCACCAACCGAUGGUACGACAAGCUUCAGAUCAUUGUUUGCAAAAAUGGCAGUGCCGGUAUCAACUUUGAGCACACCGGCGUUGAUGGCCAUACCGUGCUGCGCUUUGCCAGCGACGUUUACACGGACACCAUUCUUCGAUUCGCAAAGACCAUCAACGGACAGGCUCCAAGCCUCUGGACGACAUCUAGCCCUGACCCUGCCAAGCGUGACCCACACAGCUUUGGAAACGUCAGCACUACUCCUCGUAAGCUCGAGUGGGACAUGACCCCGGAACUGAAAAUCGCGCUACGGUUUGCCGAGUCCCACCUUUCGGAUCUUCUCUACCAACACGAAUUCCGCGUAUUGGACUUUGAGGGUUACGGAAAGAACUUUAUCACAUCGAUGGGAUUCUCGCCUGACGCGUUCAUUCAAAUGGCCUUCCAAGCUGCAUAUUAUGGCCUUUACGGCCGCAUAGAAAACACAUACGAGCCAGCUAUGACGAAGAUGUUCCUACACGGUCGCACUGAGGCGGUACGAACUGUAACGCCAGAGACCGUUGAUUUCGUGAAGACUUUCUGGGGCGAGAACCCAGCAGAGCAGAAGAUCGACGCCUUACGCACCGCAACUCAAAAGCACACAGCCUUGACCAAAGAAUGCUCCAAGGGCCAGGGCCAAGAUCGCCACCUAUACGCGCUCUACUGCCUCUGGCAGCGAUCCUUUAUGGAUGACGACGAGACCAGCUCCACGGGCGGAUACAGUAGCCCAGGCGACGGAGUCGAGUCUUCCAUGUCUUCUGAAGUAUCCGAGGACGGCUACUCCUCGCCCAACAGCAGCAGCACUCGCGGACUGCGCAACGUUUCACCACCCACGCCCGCCAUCUUCAGCGACCCGGGCUGGGACAAGAUCAAUAACACCAUUUUGUCCACCUCAAACUGCGGAAACCCAUGUCUGCGCCAUUUCGGAUUCGGUCCCACAUCCGCUGACGGCUUCGGCAUUGGCUACAUUAUCAAGGACGAUUCGAUUUCCUUCUGCGCAUCUUCCAAGCACCGCCAAACCGUACGCCUUAUGCAGACUCUCGAGUCCUACCUCUUUGAGAUACGGAAAUUGCUGCGGGCUACCAACCGCAAGGCAAUGAGUCCGAGAACUAGUCGUGCUCGCGAGACGGAAGAACUGACUGAGCGCUUACAACCUGACUCGCAGCGCCGAGGUCGUCUUGUCCGGAGCAACACCCGUGCCACGGGCUUCGAUACCCCUACUACCACAGACAGUGUGGAGCCAGAUGACGAUGGCAUGGGAGGAUAUGGUUUCUUCGAUGCUGGUAUGCUCCUCCAUGCUCUCAAGGGCGUUAGCGCGGACAGAGAGCGCGGAGAUAAACCUGAGAAGCGGCGCUUCGUUGGAAAGAAACUUCAUCUCAAUGAAUAUUAA